AUGGAGAGCAGCCUCGGUGCCGACGAUGGAAAGAAUGCGAUCCAAGACGGCACCGAAGUGAGGAGCUUCAGCGACGAGGUGUCCAUGAGCAAAAUGUCGGUGAACAAUCCGCAUCAAGACAAGUCUUCGCCCGUUGCGGCGACCUGCGUGCCCUCUGACCUUCACAUUCAUCAGCGACGGGCAGAGCGUCGGCAGUGCACGAUUUCUUCAGAAAUGGUCAUUCAGAGUUUCCUGACCAGCCCUGUCGAAUGGCUACGAGGAACAGAUGAUGGGAAAAAUGGAACCUGGGUGACCAUGUCUCGGGAACAAGCCAAGACAUAUCUGUGUCUCACCAUUCCACGGCUCGUCUCCGCGCUGCAAGCCCCGAACAUGCUUCGCGAAUACUGCUCGACCUUUUGA